UCACACUGCCCUAAACGGCUACACGGCCAGCCUUCCCUCUAUUUAGCGUCAGCACCAAAGCAACCCUCCACAUCGUCUCUCUCCUGUCGUUGCCUCCCCUCUCUGGCCUCUCGUCCCCACGAAUUCAAAUUUCUCCCCAAGUUCAGAGUUCAGACACCCCCACCUCUCCUUCCCAGCCCAACAACCUCCCUGGUCUCGUCCGAAAUCCACACCGAUCUCUUCACCUUGGGGGGACAAAAACGCCUCCAGAUCGCCGCCACCGGUUCCGCGGGCCAACGGGCGGCAGCGGAGGCUGAGGUUCCCGUGUGAGCGGUGCUCGUACGUGCUCAAAGGUUGAACUAAUGGAUAUCACAGAGGUUCUGCUAGCUACGCAGUCCCAUGAUGGUCAGAUACGGAAUGCUGCAGAAGGGAAUAUCAAGCAAUUUGAGGAGCAGAAUUUUCCUCAUUUUCUACAGGCGCUAUCUGCUGAGCUUUCUGAUGAUAACAAACCUCCUGUAUCUCGGAGGCUUGCUGGUAUUCUCCUUAAGAAUUCUUUGGAUGCAAAUGAUUCAAAGAGGAAAGAAAUAUGUACGCAACGGUGGAUAAAUGUGGACCCUGCAAUCAAGUCACGGGUUAAAGGGUCCCUGUUGAUGACCCUUGGAUCAGUAGUGUUUGAAGCCCAGCGCAGCUCUUCUCAAGUCAUUGCAAAGGUUGCUUCCAUUGAGAUCCCUCUUCAAGGAUGGCCAGAACUCAUAAUAAACUUGCUAAGUAACAUGACAAAACAUGAUGCACCCUCUUCUCUGAAGCAAGCUACCCUGGACGCCAUUGGAUAUGUCUGUGAGGAGAUAUCCCCCAGUGAUCUGGAGCAGGAUCAAGUUAAUGCUGUUCUUACUGCUGUGGUCCAGGGCAUGAACCAUGUGGAGAAUAGUCCAGAGGUCCGUCUUGCUGCUGUGAAAGCAUUAUACAAUGCUCUUGAUUUUGCUGACACAAAUUUUCAGAACGAAUCAGAGAGGAACUACAUAAUGAAGGUCAUUUGUGAGACUGCCAUUUCUAAAGAGGCUGAUAUUAGAAAGGCUGCAUUUGAGUGUUUUGUCUCCAUAGCAUCAACUUAUUAUGACCUUUUGGAGCCCUACAUGCAGACCUUGUUUGAGUUGACUGCAAAUGCUGCCAGGGCAGAUGAAGAACCCGUUGCACUUCAAGCUAUUGAGUUCUGGAGCACCAUCUGUGAUGAAGAAGUUUCUAUUCAAGAAGACGCUGAAGAAUCUGGUGAUGUCAGUUCGGCACGUCAUUUCCAUUUUGUUGAAAAGGCCCUUCCUUUGCUUGUUCCCAUGCUUCUAGAAACACUUCUGAAGCAAGAGGAGGAUCAAGAUGAAGAUGAUGGAAUCUGGAAUAUAUCAAUGGCCGGGGGCACCUGCCUGGGACUUGUUGCAACGGCUGUCAAGGAUGCCAUUGUACCUCUUGUGAUGCCAUUUAUAGAGGGAAACAUAACAAAGCCUGACUGGCGCAGCAGGGAGGCUGCUACAUUUGCAUUUGGUUCCAUUCUUGAAGGUCCUUCGGUUGAAAAUCUUGCACCACUGGUUCAUGCUGGCUUUGAUUUCUUGCUGAAUGCAACCAAAGAUCAAAAUAACCAUGUCAGGGAAACUACUGCAUGGGCACUUUGUAGGACAUUUGAGUUUCUACAUUCACCAACCAGAGGUUUCUCAGUAGUGACAAAUGCAAACCUUCCUCAUGUUAUAGAAGUUCUGUUGACAAGUAUCAAAGACUCCCCUAAUGUUGCUGAGAAGGUCUGUGGAGCCCUGUAUUUUCUUGCCCAAGGAUAUGAGAAUGCAGGGUCUAUGUCGUCAGUGCUAACACCAUACCUUGGUCAGUUAGUAUCAGCUCUCCUCACCACUGCUGAUCGUUCUGAUUCCAACAACUCCAGGCUUUGUGCAUCUGCAUAUGAAACACUCAAUGAGAUUGUGAGAUGCAGCAAUACUGCAGAGACUUUGAACAUGAUUGUGCUGUUAUUGCAAGAGGUCUUGAAGAAAUUAAACCAGACCUUUGAGUUUCAGAUCACAUCCUCUGAGGAGAAGGAAAAGCAAAGUGACCUUCAAGCCUUGCUUUGUGGCGUUGUUCAAGUAAUCCUUCAGAAAUUCAACAACUUUGAUGAUAAUUCAGUAAUUGUUAAGUUUGCUGACGAAAUUAUGGUGCUCUUUCUCCGAGUUUUUUCGUGUGAUAGCUCAAAUGUGCAUGAAGAAGCAAUGCUUGCUAUUGGUGCUCUUGCUUAUGCUACUGGACCAGAAUUUGUGAAAUACAUGCCAGAGUUUCACAGGUACCUAGAAAUGGGCUUACAAAAUUUUGGUGCAUAUCAAGUAUGCUGUGUUUCUGUGGGUGUGGUUGCUGAUAUCUGCCGUGCCCUGGAUGACAAGGUGAUCCCUUACUGUGACAGUAUCAUGGGUGCCCUUCUCAAGGAUCUUUCAAGCCCAGAGCUUCACCGUUCUGUCAAACCACCAAUAUUGUCAUGCAUAGGAGAUAUUGCUCUUACCAUUGGUGGACUUUUUGAGAAAUAUGUUCCCUACACUAUGCCUAUGUUGCAAGGAGCUGCAGAGCUUUGCUUUCGUAUGGACCGUUCUGAUGAUGACACUGUAGAGUAUCAAGAUGAACUCAGGCGAAGCAUUUUCGAGGCCUAUUCAGGCAUACUUCAGGGUGUCAAAAGCUCAAAAACAGAGCUAAUGGUGCCUUACGUAGGCAAUAUUUUCCAGUUCACUGAAGCGGUCUUGCGAGAUGCAUCAAGGGAUGAUGGUGUGACCAAAGCUGGAGUUGCCUUGCUAGGGGACCUAGCGGAUACGUUAGGACCUUCCAUUAAACUGCUGCUCAAGGAUUCCAACUUCCACUCGGAGCUCCUUGGACGAUGUUCCCAGUCUGACGACGAACAGCUAAGGGAGACUGCAUCCUGGGUCCAGGGUGUGAUCUCCCGCGCGCUGGUUGCAUGAGGGAAAGCUUCUACAGUAAGCUGCUGGUCGUUUGAACCAUCUCGUUGACUUUGAUGGUUCUCUGCGCGACUAUUUUGUUUGCCAGAUGCAUUGUUUGAGUAUUGUGACGCAUAUAUGUCCUGUUAUGAGGUUACAUAAGAUCAUCUUUGAUAGUUAUCAAGUUCGUAGAGUGGCAGCUGUUUGCCAUUUCUCAGGAGGGUCGAGUCCGUGGGUUCCUGUUGCAUUUUAGUGUUCAGCUGUCCAUGUGAGCCGAUUGUGAAUUUUUAGGAUCGUGUGUGAUUGUAGCAAUGGUGGUGGUCUCUAGCAGUAAAACUCUUGCUAUCAUCAUUGCACAUUUUUACAGCAGUAUAAACAUCAGUAAACUUGUCGUCGAUGGUGUUGAGCUGGUACUUGCUGCUUUUCCCAGCUUCUUA